AUGCGGACAUGGCGUACCUUCGCCACGUCCGUCACCAGACUGGGCCAUAAUCCCGCAUCUCCCGGCACCCGUCCCAACGUUCUCCGAUGCGUGCAGAUCCUCCAAGCCAGCAAAGCGGACGGUCCCAACCAGUUUGAAGACCAAAAGGUCAAAGUCAAUGGCUUAGUUCGGUCUGUUCGCAAACAGAAGCGCUUUGCUUUUGCGGAGAUCACGGAUGGCUCGACGGUGGAGCCCUUGCAGGCGAUUCUGAAGCCUGCGCAGGCCGCUGAUCUGACUACGGGAGCUGCUGUCGAGGUGUCUGGGGUGUGGAAGGCUUGUCCACCAGGCAAGGAGCAGAGCCAUGAGCUUCAUACAACGGCUGUGAAUGUUGUUGGUGCGGCUGAUCCAGAGACAUUUCCAAUUCAGAAGAAAUACCAUAGUCCCGAUUUCCUGCGCCAGAUACCCCAUCUUCGAAUCCGCACGCCGUUCAAUUCACUCAUGUCGCGGUUCCGAUCCGAGUGCUUAUUCCAACUAGGAAACGUUUUCCAUUCCCACCCACAUGGCACCUUCACACAAGUGCAGCCGCCGAUUAUCACAUCUUCCGAUUGCGAAGGAGCCGGGGAGACAUUCACAUUGGUGCCGCGGGGUGCGGCAGCCUCGGAGACGGACCAAUUCUUCCGAACACCUAAAUACCUGACCGUGUCGUCGCAACUACAUCUGGAAGCAUUUGCGGCCGAGUUGGGCAAUGUCUGGACCCUGACGCCCGUUUUCCGGGCCGAGAAGAGCGAUACACCGCGCCAUCUCAGCGAGUUCUACAUGCUUGAGGCCGAAGUCAAUUUCAUGGAUGACAUGGAGUCUCUGACGGGGGUGGUAGAAUCAAUGCUCCGCGACCUGACACGUCGGUUGUACAAUACUACCGUCGGACAGGAAAUUUUGUCGGCGAAGCGAACGGGCGAGUCUGGGAAUGAAAACAUGACCGAGGAAUCGCCCCUUCGGCAGCGAUGGACCGAGUUGAUGGACGGGCCUACAUGGGACCGCAUCACGUACACGGAAGCAAUUGCGAUGCUUCAGCGAGCGGUGACAGAGAAUGGUGCUCAAUUCGAGCAUCCGCCGGCAUGGGCGGAUGGUCUACAACUCGAACACGAGAAGUACAUUGUCGAGCAUCUAUUCAAGGGUCGACCGGUUUUCGUCACAGACUACCCCAAAGCAAUCAAGCCGUUCUACAUGGCUCCGACAACGGUCGCUAGCGAGGCCGGCAACUCCCUAGAGACGGUCGCCUGUUUCGAUCUACUUCUACCGGAAGUCAGCGAAGUGGCCGGUGGAUCUCUGCGCGAGCACCGUCUCCCAAAUCUCAUCCAAAACAUGCGCGACUACGGCCUGAUCAAGCCUCGCGUGCUCCCCGAGUCGGGUGACAGUAACGGUGAUAGAAUAUCUCUAGAACCAUUGUACCCUCACCUCACACCAACGGAGGAUCUCAGCCACCUCCAGUGGUACGCGGAUCUCCGGCGCUGGGGAUCCGCUCCGCACGGCGGCUUUGGGCUGGGCUUCGACCGGUUCUUGGGCUACUUGGCUGGCGUCUCCAGCGUGCGGGAUGUUGUCUCGUUUCCGAGAUAUUUCGGGCGGGCAGACUGCUGA